GAGCCGCUCCGCGAGUUGUCCCUUCGUCGGUCCAGGAUCAGGAUCCCGUCGCGAGCGCGGAUCGGGGAUUCAGGAUCAUUUUGCCGUCGAUUUCGCGGGAGGAUCCGCGGCCGCCCGCGCCUUCGCGACGUGAAAACGGAAGCGAGGAAGUCGCGUGUCUCCUCCGCGGCCGAGAGGAUCACGAUCACGAACAUUGUGUGUGUUUACAUCUCGUGAGAGACGUGGAUUCCCCGAGAGAUGCCAGGAUUCCUCGACGUUCCUGUGUGACGCGCGGAAUAGAGAAAUAUCAGUUGGAUCCUCGUGGGGCGAGAAUCACGCCUCGCUCGCGAUCCCGAAACGACCGGUGAUGAUCAAUGAUCGCACGUCAGUAUCUCUGUGACGUAUCCCUCGCAUUUCGCGGCUAGAUACCGUGGCUCUUCGUGUUCUGCGUCUGAUCGUGAUGUCAAUGUUCCGCGCGUUGAUAAUGGCCCCCGGUGUGUUUCGACGAUGCUAUCGCGCGUGAUCCACGGCGAUUAAUUCAUCGCCGUCUGGCUUUCGUUGGCCCCGCGUGUCAUCUCCCAAUGAUCACUGACAUUUCGCAGAUGCGUCAAGCGCGAGCGUAACGGCCGCUCACGCGUGCGACACCCACGAUCUUAAUCCGACGUUCAUGUCGAGCGCAACGUCAUUUUUGUACGAGUAGCGUGUGAUCGCUGACGUUCCGCGAGUGCGUCAGCCACGGGCUUGAUAGUUGACUUUAAUUAGGUCCGAAGUGACGCGCGAGCCUCGCGGAAUGCAAGUAAUUCGACGACCGACGGCGAUCCUCGAAUCGCAGACGGCCACUCGCGAGUGCCGCGAGUGCGAGUCUCACGUCGCGCGAUGAUGCGCACGCUAAGAUCGCCGCUAAGGUCGCGCAAGAUUCGCACCGCGAAUGACGUUCGACGAGAGAGUUUCGUCGUUGUCGCGCGGAAUGAGAGCGACGGCUGGUACCUCGAGCGAUGAUCGUGCUCCAUGAGGACCCGCUACGCGACAACUGACUGAGUGUUUUGGCAGCUUCUCUCGUCACCAGGGACCAUGGCGAAUGUCGAUCGGCCGCGCAGCAGCUUUCACGCGAAAACCGGUGGAUGCAAAAUCCAUUCCUCUCCAGGUGACCAAUCGACCACGCGCAUACACACGUGAGGAGAACGUCGAUCGCUGCUGCUGACCGAUUUCUCUCUCCCCUUUUCUCUCUUUCUGUCUCUCUCGACCGUAAUGAGACCGAGCGGGUGAGAGGAGGCGUACAAGAGGAAUAAUCGUGGAACAAGACAACGGUGCGAGGCGGGAACGAGAUGGGGUCCCUGCCGAAUCUUCACGAGCUGUCCAAGGACAAGCUGGAGAGCCCGGUGUACAAACCGGCGCCGAUCGGCAGUCUUGGUCCAGUGCGAUUGCCGGCGCAGCCUCCGCCACUAGCGCACACGCACAGACGCGCGAGAAGCAGCGGGCAUCAUCACUCUACCCUGUGCGACAACGAUACCAUGUUGGAGCACAUGGCGGCGUAUUCGCCGAUCUCCUGCCGGUCAACGCGCACUUCGGCUCUCUCGUGGCGACGUCGCGAUUCAAUGAACUCGUCAGCUGGUGCGUCGUCGGUGCGCCGGUUGAUCGCGGCAGUCCGUGCGGCCCCAUCCGGGCCCCGUCCGCCGCGUAGGGCCGUGAUGCGUCAUUGCGCGGCCCUACUGCUCGGCCACGCGUGCUGCUCGGCCGCCACGCUGCCCAUCUUCCCGCUGCAGGCGGGCUUGGGCGCCUUCGAGCCUCACCUGGGCCCGGUACUCUUGGCCCAGCUCUACAUGAUGGCCGCGAUCACCAGCUGCUUCGCACCUAUCGUCGUGCAACGGCUCGGCACGAAUCUCACCAUCACCGCGAGCCACUUGGUCACCGCUAUCUUCGUCGGCUUACAUCUGUAUCCCAAGUGGUACAUACUCGCACCCAGCUAUGCGAUGCUGGGUUGCUGUGCCAGUCCAAGCUUCUUGGCGAGGACAUCGCACGUCAACGUGUCUGCGACCAGCCUCGCGCUGGUCUGCGUCGAUCCCGAGGACCCGGAUGAGACGCGACGCGAGUGCCUGCUGAGGAGGCUGAACCGGUGUAUUAAAUUGGCCGAAGACAUGGGCCUCGCAUUUGGUUGCUUCAUUGCCGCGAUUCUCAUUCAUUUAACGAGCUUGGUACCAGCUAGCGUAAUGAGCAGCGACAUAGGGGACAUUUGCGGUGCCGCAUACUGCUCGGAGGAGACGUACUUCUACAACGAAUCGCUCUAUCUGCCGACGAUCGCACCAGGCACGUCGAGGGUGAUCGUCAGCAUCUGGCUCGGUCUGGCCAUGCUCGGUUUAGGCAUAUCCUGUGCGUUCUUGGACUCCAGGAUGCAGGAACCUCAAGCGAACCACGAUCGCACCACCGUCAAAGACAUCCUCAAAUCUAUAAAAUCCGCGUUUCAGGACCCGAAGCUUCAACUCGCUGCGCCGCUCACGCUCUUCAUUGGGUUGGAGCAGGGCUUCAUCUACGCCGAUUUUACAGAGGCGUACGUGGUGUGCACCUUAGGCGGCGCCGGCACCGUGACCUUAAGCUUCCUCAGUUUGGCUCUGCUGCAAGCUAUCGCUGCCGUGACGCUCUCAAUGCUGCUGAGGCACAUUAAAAGGUACAUUGUCGUGGUCGUGGGCUUGGCCUUCCAUGGCUGUCUCCUGCUCGUUCUGGUCACCUGGAGGCCGACGGGAGACGACCCGGCUCUUUUCCACGUUAUAUCAGCUGCUUGGGGUGUUUGUAAUUCCAUUUGGGAGACUCUGAUACGCACGUUGGUGAUGGCUUUGUAUCCAAAUGCGUGGCAGGAGCCGCUCUCGACAUCGCUCUUCUGGCGCUGGCUUGGGCUGACCCUCGCGCUCAGCUUGCACGGCGCGGUGUGCACCCGUUACCGCGUGCUGGGCUUGGCCGCGACUAUGCUGCUAGCGGUGGUGCCGUAUCUGUGGCUGGAGCGCCGUUUGGCGCGCCGUGGCAAGACCUUAGCGCCCUUAUGACCGGGCGAUUCGACCGCGAGCGAGCGCGGAUCCAGCAGCGUCGAGACAGCGACAGAUGCGAGACACCGGGGUGACUGAGAGCGAGCCGUUCCAUCCGGCGCGAGGCUGUCGACCGGAUCGACGGGAGGCGGAAGACGCGGUAGCCGCAGGAGCAGCGGCCUGAUGACGCAGCUGCAGGAGCAGCAGCCGCCGGUCGCGCCGCCGAUCAAGGUGAAGACGCGACGCAGAGCGAACAGCGUCGCGUUUGCCUGCCGCACCGAUUACGGUCUGCCCGACGACGACGACGACAGCGUGCCAAAACCGCUGUUCCUCGUGCCGGAGCCUGCGGAGCGCCGCAGAAGCGCCGCUGAAGCCGCCGAGGGAGCGAAGGAGCGCGACCGUGCCACCACCGUCUUCACGCUUUCGUGAAGAGGAUGCCUUCUACCAUGAUUUCCAGAUGUCGUCGUGCCGAUGUUGGUGGAUGAUGAACCACGUUGAUGCGGUAGCUGCAAGAGCUCGGCUCCACGCGGUGCGGAUGGAGCCACAUCCCUCGCAAAAGCGUGGACCAUGUUCUUACAGUUGAGAAAACUGCAAAGAUGCGCAAAGAUAUCCAGGGCAUCUUAUCUUACGCGAGCACCAAGUAUUGCAGUUAUCGCAUUGCGCUAUUUAGCACUCGACUCGGGAGAGAGUAGUCCCUGUCUCUCUUACUCUCUCUCCGUUGCGAAUUUGGAGCGAGGACGACGACGAUCGAUAGGUGCUUUAAAGCUCUUUCUCUCUCCAGGCGCGUUUAAGCCGCGAUUAAUGAGGAUAGCUCUUCUCAAAGCUGGAUGGAACGGCUGUGUAUACAUAACGGACACACGCUACAUACAUAUACAUGUGUGUAUAUAUAUAUAUAUAUAUAUAUAUAUAUGCAUACACACAUACACUUUCCCGCUAUGGUGCGAUCGAUGCACACGACUGAAUAGCGGGAAAAUGACAUACAUGCAUACAUACAUACAUACAUACAUACGUACGUACGUACGUGAAUCUACGUAUAUCGUACUCUGCUAUCAAGCGUACCGUUUUAUAUCAUUCGGACGAAUCGUUGUUUGACGUAACGAAACGUCGAAAUGUACCUGAUGUCUUUCAAGCCAAGUUACACAAAGUAUAAACGAAUCGCACUCUGCGCGAGACACCCGAUAUAUAUAUAUAUGUAUAUAUGUGUGUGUGUGUAUAUAUAUAUAUAUAUAUAUACACACCCCUCUAUCUAUCGUAGCUGCUCAUUUACGCGUCUUAAGGAGCGCAUCGAUUUUUUGAGCGAACGACUCUUGUCAUUUUAUAUACCGGCCGCACUCGAAAUAGCGCGCGCGCGCGAUCCGGACUUGCAGGAGUCCCGAUCUCGCCGAGCGACGCCAAAGCCGAAGGCAAAUCGAGAGAAUAAUAGGAUGAAUCCUAGCGACGAUAAUUCUAAGCGUUGUUAACAAUUUAAAUAUCACGACAAUUCAGGUGAAAUUUUUUAUGAGAUAAUACUUUGACGAUGAAAGUCGCGCACGACGAGGGAGAAUCGUCCCUCCUUCGUAGAACGGCGGGAGGGCAACCUUCGGUAAUUUUUUCCGCAGGAAGGAAAAUGAGGGUGCACGAGGUUCGCGUGCGCGAUUCCCCCCGAUGGAGGAGUCGCGAAGCGAUGCCCGCUUAGAAAUUUUCCCCGAUGGUGAUGAUCGUCCCCCGAUCGACUUGGACUUAAUUCACAUUUGUUUUGUUACGGACCUUAGGCUAAGCAAGCGAAUUGUAAUCGCACAUAAUGUUAAGGGAGAUUAAUAAGUGUUAUCUCGUUUAAUGUUACAAAUGUAGGGCGGAUUGAACGAUGAAUCAGAAUUCGAGGCAACAUAUCACUGACAUGCGACAUCAUCCGACAGGAAAGGAGCCUGGUUUCCCACCUGGUUUUCAUCGAUGAGAGUGCACUGACAGGGAUCACUUUGUUGCGUAAAGGAAUCGGAAAUACACGUGCAUUUCCGGGACGAAGAUGCUCUUUCGUCAGUGCAAUCUUAUCUCUUUUUACGUACAGUUCUUUAAACGCCUCAUAUACAUGUUUUCCAAUGUUCGGGUUAAUCGUAUUGUACCCGGUCGAGACAAAGGAUCGCAGGACGACGAUAGGGUAGCUAAAAAACUUGCGUGUCAUACGGUUAAAGGGAAAGAAAAAUCUCUGUUGGGACACAGAAACGCUCGCAAGCCGACGUGUACUUACUCAGCAAUAAACCUGCUCACCUCCGGCUCUCGUCGAGGAGCCAGUCUUUGAAUACGACCGACGGCCGACGAAGCCAAAGAAAGGGAGCGAAAAACGUUUUAUGUCCUAGAAGCGCGGAAUGAGAAAUAUAUUGUCAGUGACGUUGAGGAAAGGCAUAUAUUAUAUCUGUAUUUCACGAAAUAAUAAAUAUUAUCUUAUUUUA